UACACCUCAGCAGGUAGAACCACCAUGAAGCUGCUCCUGCUCUUCGGCUUGGUGGCCCUGGCACAAUGCCUUCCCCACAGGAUCACCCUGAGGAAGGGCAAGACCCUGCGGCAGUCCCUGAAGGAGCAUGGCUUGCUGGAGAGCUACCUCAAGCAGCAUCCCUACAACCCGGCUGCCAAGUACUACAGCUCCCUCUCCUCUUCUGAGCCCAUGCAGAACUACAUGGAUAACUCCUACUACGGCACCAUCUCCAUCGGCACCCCAGCCCAGGAUUUCACCGUCAUCUUCGACACCGGCUCCUCCAACCUGUGGGUGCCCUCGGUGUACUGCAGCAGCCUGGCCUGCAGCGACCACAAGCGUUUCAACCCAGCAGACUCCUCCACCUUCGUCAGCACCAACGACAGCCUCUACAUCGCCUACGGCACCGGCAGCAUGACUGGAGUCCUGGGCUAUGACACCGUCAGGGUGACACCAGCUCCUCCAUCCCAUGGGAUUGAGGACAUUGGAACAGCCAAACCAAGCCCUUCUCCCCAUCUCUCUGCCCAGGUUGCGGACAUCAAGAUCACCAACCAGAUCUUUGGGCUGUCUGAGACUGAACCUGGUGACUUCUUCUACUACUGCCCCUUCGAUGGCAUCCUGGGGCUGGCUUACCCCAGCAUCUCCUCUUCUGGAGCCACCCCUGUCUUUGACAACAUGAUGAAGGAAGAUCUUGUGUCCAGAGACCUCUUCUCUGUCUACCUGAGCAAGGAUGAGGAGAAGGGCAGCUUUGUCCUCUUUGGUGCCAUCGACUACGAUUAUGUCAGCAACGGCAUCAGCUGGAUCCCCGUCUCCGAUGAGACCUACUGGCAGAUCACCAUGGACAGAGUCUCCAUCGAUGAUGAGGCGGUCGCCUGCUCCGACAGCUGCCAGGCCAUCGUGGACACGGGCACCUCGCUGCUCGCCAUGCCCUACGAAGACCUCGAGAGUCUCUACGAUACCCUUGGUGCCAGCUCCAGCGGCGAGGUCCAAUGCAGCUCUGUGGACAGCCUGCCCGACGUUGUCUUCUACCUGAAUAGCGCAGCAUUCCCUCUGACACCCAGUGCCUACGUGGUGGAGAGCGAUGGGGUCUGCAGCCUGGCCUUUGAAGGCAUGGAUGUCUCCACCGAGUCUGGGGUGAGCUGGAUCCUGGGGGAUGUCUUCAUCCGCGAGUACUACGUGAUCUUCAACAGGGCCAAGAACACGGUGGGCUUGUCCCGCCUGGCCUGAAGCACAAGGCAGUGCUGCCCCAUUGCUCCCCACUGC